GGGGUAUUGGUGACGGAUCCAGGAAUUGUUAAAUCCAGAAACGUUGCAGUUUCUCAAAAAUUGGCCAACUACGUCCGCAACGGAGGAACACUCGUUCUAGGGGGCUUAUUCAGCGCGCAAAUACGUCCCAACGACUUGGGAAGGUACAUGAGAGAGAAGUGGGAUCUCCCAUGGGAAGCUGGUUCUUAUUAUCGCACCACUAUAUUUCUCAAUCGAGCAGUGGUCAAUCGACCAACAAGUGGGCUUCUGUCCUCAUACAGUCACAAGGCGGUAUUUCUGAAGCAUGUGGACCCCAACAUGGCAUGGUAUGUUGCAACGGAUCGUUCAGUUAUUGAAUCUCUCGUUCCCCUACCUGGGCCCGGAAUUGAGCUUUUGGAAACUUCAACCGCAUUUGCUAGGUUGGGAAACGGCUGGAUUGGAUACGUUGGCGAUGUAAAUGGCGAAGAAGGAACUACUGCUGUCGUCCUGGAGAUGUUGGGUUUAACUUCAUCAUACUUGACAAGCACUGAAGCACAGUCAUAUUGUUAUUGUACCUCUGAUCAUUCGAUAGCGAUUGAAUCCAGAUGA